AUGCAGUUUGUCAUGGCUAUUGAGCGGACGGGAGGGUACAGUGGCAGCGUCAAGCAGCUGUGGGAAGAGAUCUCGGGCGACAAGGAUGAGUUCACCUUCCAGGACUUGGACCCGGAAGGUUUCGAGAUUCUGCAGGCAUUCGGCACUUCCCUGCUCAACAGCUACGAGACGUUCGGAGAUUUCUGGAAGAGCAUGCUCAAGUUCAAGGAUGAGCAGCUGGACGAGGAAGCCUUCGCCACUCGGAGCGUGGAGAGCGGCAUCGAGGGCCUCUCCAAGCGUGAGCUUAGAAGGAUUUUCAAAAUGUUCCUCCCCGAGCCAAGCACGGGAAGAACGAAGCUGAUCCAAAACGACCUUGAGGUCAUCACCAUCGCCUUAGGCGCUGAGCAGAAGGCAGCUCUCAGGCACAGCACUACUCAGAAGACUUUGGAGCUA